AUGAACAACAACAAUCAGUUCUCACGGUUCAAUCUCUUCUUUCGUCUUACCUUCAUCAUUCUCCUUCAUCCUUUAUUUCUGCCAGUGCCGUUACUUCAGGGCGACUUCCGGUGUACUCCUUUGGGUUCUUGCAGACUGCAGCUGCAAGAAUUCAAAGGUACUACCCUACAGUCGCCCUUCAAACAUAGUUUCUCAAGGAUUUUGGAGACUUUGGAUGGUGCAGUGACAGCCACUCCUCCCUUUGAGCACCCUCCUGGCAGUUCCCUAACAGCCACUCCUCCCUUUGAGCGCCCUCCAGUUCCCAACGAUUAUACUUACGAAUUUCGGGACUUUGGAUGGCAGUUAGAGCCACUCCUCCCUUUGAGCGCCCUCCAGUUCCCAACUAUUCUGCUUAUUGGAACUGGGGGUUGCGCAGUGCAUGCCACUUCCUGCUCCAACUUUUUAAUGGUGACUGCUGAACCUGCCGGUACUUUUGUGUGGCAAGUGCUCUCUAGUUAA